UAUACUACCCUUUGUUAGCUGCCUGUAUCCCCAUUCGUUACUAUAUUUACUAUCCAUAUUUUCCUAAUCUCUGCGCAUCUGCUCCAUUAGCCGAGACGAUCAACGAUAUGGCGACGAUUUCGAUCCCUGAGCACGUUCCUUCCGCUUCCGAGGACGCUGAGCAACUGCGCAAAGCUUUCUCCGGAUGGGGCACGAACGAGAAGCUGAUCAUCUCCAUUCUCACCCACCGCUCCGCAGCUCAGCGCCGUCAGAUACGGCAGGCGUACGCCGAUAUCUUUGGUGAGGAUCUUCUCAAAUCCCUCGACAAGGAACUCACGCACGAUUUCGAGAAAGUGGUGCUUCUUUGGGUGCUUGAUUCGGCUGAAAGGGAUGCUGUGCUAGCCUACGAUUCGGCAAGAAAAUGGGGCCCAGGCGACCGAGCCCUGAUCGAGAUCGCUUGUGUCAGGAGCUCAGAUGAGCUCUUUGCAGCGAGGAGGGCUUAUCAUGCUCGCUAUAAGAGAUCGGUUGAGGAGGACGUCGCUGCCCAUGCCAAGGGAGAUUUUAGGAAGCUCUUACUUCCACUUGUCAGCGCUUACCGAUAUGAGGGUCCUGAAGUGAACCAGACAUUGGCAAAAUCCGAGGCAAAGCUGCUGCAUGAAAAAAUUGGAGAUAAAUCUUAUGCAGAUGAGGAAAUUAUCAGGAUUCUUACUACCAGGAGCAAAGCACAACUUACAGCAACUUUCAAUGCUUAUCACAAUGAGUUUGGCAAUCCGAUUAACAAGGACUUGAAGUCGGAUCCGAAAGAUCAUUUCCUCUCAGCACUAAGGGCCAUCACAAAAUGCAUAACUGCUCCGGAGAAAUACUUUGAAAAGGCCAUUAGGCUUGCCAUCAACAAGGUCGGAACUGACGAGGAAGCUGUCACUCGUGUCGUUGCCACGCGUGCUGAGCUUGAUUUGAAAGUAAUUAAGGACCUGUACUACAAGAGAAACAGCGUGCCACUGGUCCGUGCCAUCAAAAAGGAUACUAGAGGAGACUAUGAAGACUUCCUUGUUGCCCUGAUUGGCGAGGAGAGUGCUUAAGCUUUCUAUGGUAUUGUUGUGAUCGUUGAGACUGAGGAAGCGUGUGACUUUGAGGUGUGUUGCUUUUAUCGCUUUAUGCUUGGAAUAAAGUUUUAGCUAGUCUGUGUGGCUUUUUAUGCUAUAUUUCAUGUUGUGUUUGAUGGCUAACAGUAAACCAAUGGUAUGGAUUGCAAACAGGUAAGUAUUCACUAUUAAAGUUUAUUGCAGUGAUAAGAAAUUCUAUCGGG